AUGCAGCAGAGCCCGAAGGACAAACGUCAGAUGUCGAAUCCGGAGAUCUGUUGUGCCUGGGCAACCGAGCCGAGCUCGGAGCCGCCAUUUCAUGAGCGUAUAAAUACGGCCAGUUUACUUCUCAAUUCACACUACGGCAUCGGUUCCGAAUCAGGAAUGAACGUAAAAGGUGUAGCUUACGCAUCGAUUGCGCUCUCCAUCAGCGCCACAAUGAUGGUGCUACUAUUGGCGUCGAGGUUAUCAACGAAACUUGACGAGAUUUCCGGAGAAAUGGAACAGGAUAUGAACGAAUUCAGAGAAAUGGAGAAAAAAGCAACAUUCCACGUUCGUGUUAGCCGUGCCGCAUGGAGACCCACGUACCGUCGAUAUCGUCAAGCAAGCGGUGAAUGUCAGUGUCGGUCAGACAACAGCUGUCCACCUGGUCCAUCUGGCCAACCAGGCCAACGCGGCGAAGAUGGUUCUCCUGGUACGCCCGGACCACGUGGAGCACCAGGAUUACCAGGAAACUUCCCCGCAAUCACGACGGAUCCACGUGGACAGUGCAGGUACCGAGGUGCAAUCAUGACAUCGUGUCCGAACGGGCCGCCUGGACCGCCUGGACCACCAGGACAAGCCGGACUUCCUGGUGUUGGUGGACCAAACGGUAGCCCUGGAGAAUCUGGCAGCCUCAGCUCACAAGGACCACCAGGAGAGGCGGGAGUAGCAGGAGAAGCUGGUCGUCCAGGACAACCAGGAAUGCCCGGCGAUCGUGGAGAGAAUGGAACACAGGGCAGCAAAGGACCAAACGGGCCACCAGGUCAACCAGGACCUCCCGGAGAAAAUGGUGCUCCUGGCAUACCGGGAGCGCCUGGAAAUGAACCGAAGGCUGCUGUUCCUGGCCCAACUGGGCCUCCAGGACAACCUGGUGAAGCUGGAAUGCCUGGUACUCCCGGCACUCCUGGUCAACCUGGAGGUCCCGGAAAGGACGCGCACUACUGUCCUUGUCCACGUCGUGCACGAGCUCGAGUCGGUAGAAAGAAGAAGGUCUAA